AUGAACGGCACACCCAAAGCUCCGGACGCUUUCUCGGCCCCCAACGAGUCGCAGCUGACGCCCACGUCGUUGCCGUCUCUGACGCCGCCGGAGCAAGUCCCUGCCCAUAAUGGUGCAGGGUGGGAAUUUCUCCAGGGGAUGGACAUUGCCAUGCAGGGUCAUUGUCAGUGCUUGGGUAGACAAAUGCAGACCUGGAAGGGCUCGUAUCCUCUUGGUUCUCGACGGGGUAUUCUCCCGCAACAGCUCGUUGCGAACGCACAGCCAGGGCUGAAGAGACCCGACUGGCGAUGCCCUUCGUCGGGUCAGCCACAGCCCCAAUUCCCAGGCCAAGGUCCCAGCCAUCAACAGCCCGAGGCUCAGCUGGAAGCACAAAUGAAGAUUGCUGAGGCGCAGCUCGAGGAGAAUAAGAAGAAGCGCAAACGUGAUGGGCAGCGCCGGAAGGAGAGAAAGCUCGAAAAACAGCAGAAAGAGCAAGAGCAUCAGCAGCAGCAGCAGCAGCAACAGCUGCAACAACAACUGCUGCAACACCAGCAGCUGCAACAACAGCAGCUUCAGGCCCAGCAGCUCCAGGCCCAGCAGCAGUCUCAACCACAGUCUCAGCUUCAGUCCCAGUCCCAGUCCCAGGGUGCAGACCACUGGAGCGACCUGGAUUGGUUCGCAAAUUCCGGUCUCGGGACCGCUGCCAUAGGAAACGAGCAGAUCGACCUGUUGUUCGACGAAAUGGACGGGUCCGACAACACGCAGCGAGAGCAAAUCCAGGCCUUCGACCAGAUGAUGAUGUCAAGCGUUCCUCAUCCCUAUAUUGGCACUCCAGAGCCAUGGGUUCCUCCACCGCCUACAACCUUCGAGGAUGUGUUUCGCCAACAAGAUGAGGAAGGUGGCGUGGAACUCGGCCCGUAUUCUUCCAUGUUGUUUGAUCAGGAGCAUUCGACGAGCAGUCGUGGCUAA